CACUCAGUAACUUUGUUUAUAUAUGGUUGCCGGCUAUAUAUUCCGAGUCUUGUGAGUUUAAACUAAAGUUAGGAACAAGACACAGAGAUAUGGUUGUAGCAUAUCCAAUAUCGUGCCUUUGACGGGACUAGGUAUCGUUGUUGUUGUUGUUGUUGUACAUGGGUACAAGGUUUUGAUAUUUGAAUGUGAAAGAAAGAUUCACAUCCAUGGCUCCUGCAGGGAAGGCUUUAGGAUUCUAUAAUGAAGCCAAUGACUGGUUUUGCAAUGCAGAAUUACCAAGUGACCUUAUUGUUAUCAUAGAUGGCGUAAAUUUCAACCUUCACAAGUUUCCUUUACUAUCAAGAUGUGGGGAAAUAGAAAAGUUGAUCAAAGAAACUCAAGAUAAUGAUAAAGGGACUUGCAUUAUCUCCCUAGAGGACAUUCCGGGUGGUGCCAAUGGAUUUUUGGUUGCUGCCAAGUUCUGUUAUGGCGUUCAUGUGGAACUUACACCGAGAAAUAUAGUUAUGGUAUAUUGUCUUGCAGACUAUCUAGAAAUGAUUGAUGAAUACGGAGAUGAUAACUUAUUCUCCAAGGCAGGGAAUUAUUUCUAUAAGAAUGUACUUAAAAACUGGAAAGAUUGCAUGGUUGCUCUUCAAAGUUGCGAGAUUCUUGAAACAAAAAUUGAUAAUCUCAAUAUAGUUGGUAAAUGCUUGGAUGCCAUUACGGUAAUGGUUUGUAGAGAUCCCAGCUUGUUUGGAUGGCCAAUGAUGAUGUAUGGCCACUUACAAAGUCCGGGAGGUAGCAUUUUGUGGAAUGGAAUCAAUACUGGGGCAAUAAUCCAAACCCCAGAAACUGAUUGGUGGUUUGAAGACGUAUCACAUCUUCGUGUUGCUUUAUUUGAGAAACUUAUAAAAACAAUGGAAGCUAAAGGCAUUCAACCCGAAAACUUAACAGGAGCUGUUAUGUAUUAUUGCGGAAAGUGCCUUCCAGGAUUAGGCAGAUGGCAAGGUGGGCAAAGUAGAUCAGCUGCAAGCCAUAGCAAAGUAAGUGAUAUAAAUGAUCAGAAAGCUCUGUUGGAAAACAUUGUAGAACUUCUCCCGCAAACAAAGGGCAAGUCAAUCUGUCGCUUCUUGUUGGGACUUUUACGAGUUGGUUUAAUAUUGGAUGUUAGUGAUAAAUGUCGAGACUCGCUAGAAAAGAGGAUAGGAAUGCAGUUGGAAUUUGCUUCACUGGAUGGUCUAAUGAUUCCUAGUUAUUCUGAUUCCGAUACACUAUAUAAUACUAACUGUGUUCAAAGGAUGAUUGAUAUUUUUUUAACUUCUAAACAAAAUAGUAAAACAUUGCCAUCCCCUUUACCCUUAAAGAAUGUUUCCAAGCUUGUAGAUCGUUAUAUGGCAGAGAUUGCAUCAGAUGUGAACUUGAAACCUGAAAAGAUACAUUCACUCGCAGAGGCUCUCCCACAAUCUUCAAGAUCUUUGAACGAUGGACUGUACAGAGCUGUGGAUAUUUAUAUUGAGGCACAUCCAUGGUUGACCGAGAAAAAAAAGGAAGACCUCUGCAACAUCAUCAACUGCCAAAAACUUUCCAUUGAUGCUUGUGCUCAUGCAUCUCAAAAUGAACACCUCCCGCUGAGAUUUGCCCUCCAAGUGUUGUUUUUUGAGCAGCUGCAUUUAAAAACAGCUCUAGAAGGAUACCUUAAUUUGUUGGAUAUUGAAAACAACCAAACUGAUCCGAUGGCUAUUGUUCCACAUGAUAGUCAUAGAUAUGGUUGGGUUAGCCUGGUGCGUGAGAACCAGGUAAUAAGAGAUGGCAUGGAAAGGAUGAGAACUAGAGUGCAUGAACUUGAACAGGAGUUCAAUAGCUUGAGGCAAAAGAUUAAAAUGAUGAGUCAAGCAGUAGUUUUGUGAAGACCACAAUAGUUUAUCUUAAUGACUAGAAGUGGUGGAAUUGUCAAGAAUGACAUAACAUUCUAUGAAACGGCAAUACAAGUCAUGUAUGUAGUCAUUUGGUUGGGUACCGCCAAAAUCCAUCCAAGAUCAGAAGCAUUAUAAUUGAUUUUGAAUGGAGUUUCUUGAUUCCUUAUAUGCUGGUAUUUUCAUCAAUGGUUGUAAUGUAAGGAGAGAUUAGCCAUGAAACUCUAUAUCACAAUACAUUGCUUAACAUAUAUAGUCCAUUCUUGAAGCAUGGAAGUUGGUUUAUAAUCCAAGAAUUGCAUAUAGUUCAGUUUAAACUUGGGGAUAUUAUUGUACACUAAAUGACAUUUUUGAGCAGACAUUUACGUGUAAGCUUCAAAUGGGUUGUAAUCUAAAUAGUUCACUUAUGAA